AUGGCCGCGGCUUAUCUCCGUGCAUGUGGAGUCUACGAAUCUCCAUCCCGAUCCACUAAUUGCAGUGUCUUUACACCAAGCGCCAUCCGUGAAGCAAUGUUGAUUUAUCUCCGCCACACCUUGUCGUCAUCGAAGGGAUUGAACGAAAUGGGCAAGCGUAGGAAGAGAGAGAUUGAUUCGGAGGAUGAAAGUCCAUCUUCAGCAUCGUCUUCGUCUUGCUCAUCCUACAGCUCUGAUGAGUCGGAUUCGUCAUCUAGAAAGCGGAGGAAGAAGCGUAGCGAGAGAGAGAAACGGAGGAAGAGAGAGAAGGAAAGGAAGAGGAAGAAGAUGGAGAGAAGGGAGAGAAAGAGGAAAGAUAGGAAGAAGAGGACCAAGAAGAAGCGUGACUACGAGUCUGAGUCUGAUACCGAGUCAAAUUCCGGUUCUGAGUCCAUAUCUGAUCAAGAGGAUGAGCCUGAAACUGUGGUAAAGGAGAUGCUCAAAGAGUUCCCUGAUGUUGGCAGUGAUUUGAAACAGCUUUUGAAGAUGAUAGAUGAUGGACAAGCAGUUGAUAUAAAGGGCAUUUCGGAGAAAGCUUUGAAGGAGCGGCUGAAGAAGCUGUUUCUGUCUUUGAAGUUGAAGGAACGUGGAGAUAGAGUCUUCUUGUUGCCACCAGGUGCUUCUCCUUCUUUAGAUGUGGUGGGACAUCUCAUUAAAGGCGGCGAAGAAGAAGUUGAGAAAAACCUUGACGAUUCUGCUCCAUCGAAGAACACUGAAGCAACUGCUACUGGGAAUGGGAAUGAUGAGAAAGAAAAGAGUUUGGAAGAUGAGAACAUUCUUGGAGCAGAUGAUGUUGCUGGUCCAAAGAAAAGGGUGAUUGGACCUGCAAUGCCAUCGGCUGAGCUACUUGCUGCAGCAGCAAAGCUAACAGAAGCUGAAGCUGAACUCAGAGAAGCUGAGCUAGAAGAAGAUUCAGAGUAUUUUAUAGGACCUGCUCCACCGGCUGUUGUUGCAGAAGUUGCAUUAUCAAACGAGGCAGAGCGCUUCGAAGAGGUGACACGGAUCAUGGAAGCUGAUGUUAAUAGUCCUUACGACGUUUUAGGAGUGAACCACAAUAUGGCUGCUGAUAACAUGAAGAAGAGGUACUGGAAACUGUCUCUUUUAGUUCACCCAGACAAAUGCUCUCAUCCUCAAGCUCAGGAAGCUUUCGUUUUGCUGAAUAAGGCUUUCAAGGAAUUACAAGAUCCAGAAAAGCGAAAAGCUAUGGAUGACAAGAUUAAAGCCAAGGAGGAACAGGAGGCUUUUAAGGCUGAAUUACGCUCAAUGCAAGAAGCAGCACAAUGGAGAAGAUCACAAGGCAUAUCAAUGGAAGGCGAUGCAGAGCUACUGGCAGCAACCGAGGUUAAACCUGUACCUACAAGAGACGAGUGGAUGACCACUCUUCCUCCUGAAAGAAAGACCGGAGUGCCUGUGCAGCAAUCAACCACGGCGUUUAGCAGAAAUGCUAGAGAAGGACGUGGAGACACUACUGUCUGGACUGAUACUCCUAUGGACAAAGCUGAAAGAGCAAAGAUGAAUUACUUGGAGGCAUACAACAAGGCGAGUGCGCUUGCUUCAAGCGAAGGAGACAAUAUGAAAAGAAGCAUAGACGCUGAUCUUGUGGACAAAUACAACAAACAGAAGAGAUCAAAAUCUUUGGUAGAGAAGCACAGAGAAGAGUCUUCUUCGUCAACUUCAAGCCGUUCGAAGAAGAAGAAAUUGCCUUAUUCUUCUUCCAAAGAAAAAACAGAGAAGGACGAGUGGGUAGGGAAGCAUCCAUGGAAGCCAUGGGACCGCGAGAACGACCUCAACGCCGGGAGACAGAAGGUGAAACUCGAUGCUGAAGGUAUGGCUGAAGGUUUGGCUUCCAAGUUCUCUUCUGGGAAUUUCCAAAGAAGCUUUCUUUGA